AUGUUCAACUCGUGUUGUGAUCUCAGAUGUAGUCGUGCUCGUCAGAAAAGAUCCACGUGUACCAUUAAUGGAACGGGAAUUAACGAAAUACAAACGGAAUGUAUAUGCUCAAAGCCAUUGCAACAGUUCGAAGUACCCUACACACGAAAAUCGAAGCACUCCAGAUUGGAUCUUAUCGCUGGAAUUCUUUUUAUUUUCGUUCUUGACAUGCUUCUUCUCAGCUUCACUAUCUGA